CAGGCAAAGAGAAUGAGGUGUAAAAAAAAGGCAGGAGAAAGGGAGAGCUCAGGACUCCCCUUCAGGCAUCCGAACAAGUCUGGACUGUUCUGCUCCUGCUUGAGUUCAGCCCACGCUGAACAGCGCUGCCUCGGGAUCCAGAAAUAGCGUUCACAUCUGACGGUCCUCCACCGGGAUGCAGCAACAGGAUCUGGGCAUUUGAGCUCCACUGGAUUGCUUUUUACCUUUUUGAAGUUGUGACGUUGGACGCCGGGAUUGUGAUUCUCGUCUGUGCGGUCAAAAUACUGCACGGAGAUCCAGGGCUGGUGGAUAUGCCACAGGUGGAAAGGUGGGGAGCGGCAGGCUGCAGUCGGGUGCAAGGAGAAGAGAUCCCCAGGUUGUGAAGAUGUGGAGUUGGGUUUUCACUUUAACUGUCCUGCUGUGCUCUGUGAAACACGCUGAAGCUCAGGACAGGUGUGAUAAUGUACAAGCUGCAGAUAUAGUUUUCCUGGUUGAUGGCUCUUCCAGUAUUGGCCGACCUAACUUCCUGCAGGUUAAGGGCUUUAUGGCUGGAAUUGUAAAGCCAUUCGCCAGCUCCGUGGGCGAGUCGGGGAUUCGGUUCGGUGUUGUACAGUACAGUGACACCUCCAGAGUCGAGUUCACCUUGACUGCCUACCUGAAUGGCACUGAGCUUGUCAACGCUGUCCAGAAUAUAAACUAUAAAGGUGGAAACACACGCACUGGUGCCGGCCUGAAGUUUGCCUCUGAUAACUUCUUCAACCCCGCCUCUGUUCGGGAUGUUCCAAAGAUCAUGAUCCUGAUCACAGACGGGAAGUCACAGGACAAUGUGAACGAGCCAGCACAGAAGCUGCGCAGUCAGGGAGUUCAUGUUUUUGCAGUUGGUGUAAAGAGUGCAGACAAGAAUGAACUGGCUCAGAUCUCGUCCCAACCCAGCAGUGAUUUUACCUUCUUUGUUGGGGACUUCAAACUGCUGAACACGCUGCUUCCUCUUGUGAACUCUCAAGUUUGCUCGAAAGCAGGAGGCGAUUAUGCUAGCGAUGAGGCGUUUGUUGGUCCAUCCAACCUGCAGUUCAUAGGCCAGACGUCUGACUCUCUCAGGUUCCGAUGGAGUCCUGCAGGGGGCCCUGUGAGUGCCUAUGUGAUCCAGCACGUGCCACUCACUGGCCUGGGUCAACCAGUCAUAGCAGAAAUGCGUCAGGAUAGUGUCACUGCCAAUCAGAGGACCUACACUGCACGAGGUUUAAGGUCAGGAACAGACUACCUGGUGACUGUCAUCGCCCAGUACCCCAACAGUGUGGGAGACUCUGUUUCUGCCAAGCAACGGACCAGGUCAUUGCCAGGUGUCUCCAGUCUGCGCUUGGUCCAAGCAGGUUUCUUUUCUCUCACUCUGGGCUGGAAUCAACCUUCAACUCCUGUCCAGGGCUACAGAAUCACCUACGGACCACGAGGUCAGCCGGCAGCUCAGCUGUUGGAGCGGUCACUGUCUGCAGGCUCCACAUCUGUCACCUUGGAGUCACUUCAGCCCGACACGGAGUACGUCAUCAGCCUCUACCCCUUGUUCCCACGAAACUCUGCAUCCCCGUCUGUCCUCAACGCCCGCACAUUGAGCCUUGAGGUUGUGCAGCAGUUAUCAGUGGAGACGGAGUCAGAGGGCAGUGUUCGUGUGCGAUGGCGAGGUGUCAGCGGUGCGAGGGCGUACCGUCUGGUCUGGGGACCGUUUACAGGUCGUGAUGUAGAGACCGUGGAAGUCGGUGGUGACGUUGACUUCUACACGUUGUCCGGGGUCCAGCCAGAUACUGAGUACAUUGUUACUAUUAUCCCACUAUACGAGGGAAACACAGAGGCCUCUCCAACAACGGCCAGAUUCAAGAUAGAGCGUCAAGAGCAGCAGGUCCUCAGAGCAGCUAUCACCAGUCCCUCCUCUAUCCGCCUCACCUGGAGACUCAUUCAGUCCUCUCGAGGGUAUCGGCUGGAGUGGAGGGAGGGGGAAGGAGGCCCUGUCCGGAGCCUGUCCUUUCCAAGAAGCACCACCAACUCUGUGCUCACAGGCCUGAAACCAAACACAGAAUAUAUCUUCACCUUGUACACCCUGUUCGAAGGUCGUGAGGAAGCCACACCUGUCUCCACCACAUCCAGAGAGGAACAGCCAGUGGGAAGGGUUUCCAACCUGCGAGUGGUGGAGUCUCUGGGCAGGACUGUCAGACUUGGCUGGACCGGUGUAGCCGGGGCCACACAAUACAGAGUUAUCAUCUUGAACACUGACUUGCAAGCAGAAGAAAUACGACUCAUUCCUGGAAACCAGACGACCCUUGACCUCAGAGACCUGAUAGUGGGGGUCUCGUAUGGUGUCAGUGUCACGGCACUGGUGGGAGAAAACGAAGGAGAGCCGGUGACCGUCAAUAUCAAACCAGAGCUUGUUGUGGGAAGGGUGACUAAUCUGAGAGUAAUAAAUGCAAAUAGUCGGAGAAUUCGAAUUACCUGGACAGGUGUUACUGGAGCAACGGGGUACAGGGUUACUUGGAGACAAGGCAACAGUGCAGAACAAUCCCGUACUCUGGGAGCCGAGGUCACGGCCUUCACCAUAGAAGGCCUGCAGCCAGAUGAGGCACUAAUAAUUGGUGUUGCAGCUGUUGCUGAUCAGCGUGUUGGAGAGGUGGCCACGCUGGCUACUCAGACCAAUCCCCAAAGUGGGUUAUUGUCUGGACUUCGUGUCCUUGACAUCACGUCUCAGAGAAUACGCAUCGCGUGGUCACUUUCCUCGAGGGCAACUGGGUAUAAGAUCACGUGGCGCCGUGAUGAUGGAGUCGAAACUAGUCGUAACGUUGAUGCCAGUGUUUCUACCUACACUAUCGAUGGACUGCGGCCAGAUUCGGCUUACACAGUGCAGGUUUCUACACUGACUGGAUCUCGAGAAGGGACUCCUGCAGUUCUAAAUGUCAAAACAGAACAAGAUCAGUCCACGGUUGGGACUGUGACAUCACUGCAAGUACAGGAGGGCCGCGGAGAGGUUGUCCGAAUCACUUGGGUUGGCGUGCAGGGAGCAACAUCUUACCGUGUGUCUUGGAGGAGAACAGAUGGUGGUGAAGAGAGGAGUCAGCUGGUAGCUGGAGAUGUGACAGCAGUGGAUUUAGACCAGCUGGACCCUGGAGUUCAGUAUGAGGUGCAGGUCAUGGCUUUAGUCCAAAACAGAGAGGGAGCCCCGGUAUCUGUCAGCAUUACCACACCUGGUGAUUAUACCCCGCCUUCAUUGCCUACCACAACUUUACGAGUGGUAGAGGUUACCCAGGAUUCUGUGCGGCUGGGCUGGAGUCUUUUACAAGGUGCCACCGGAUAUAUUCUUCGUUGGAGAGAAGAAUCAGAUAGUGGUCGAGUCUUGUCUGUCACGCUGCCUGCUUCAUCUAGCUCUUACGAGGUGCCCAGCCUGCGUUUGGGUGUUCGAUAUCGAUUUAGCCUGCAGCCCAACUUUGCAAGUGGACUAGGAGGAGAAAGCUCUGUAGAUGGACGCCCUGUGUGUGCGCUUGGGCCUCUAGAUGUGGUGUUUCUGGUACCUGCGUCUACUGAUCGUAUUAAUCUUGCAAGACCUUUACGUGAAUUCCUCACAAAUACAGCAGAGUCUCUCAGAACUACUGGAGCCCUCAACACACAGAUUGGGGUUGUAGUAUAUGGUUCUAGACCCAAAAUAUGGUUCCUGCUCAAUCGCCAUGCCAGAUCUGACACCCUUCUUCAAGAGAUUCAGUCCAUACCCUUUGAUGAAAGCCCAGGGAGCAACAUCGGUGAGGCGGUAACAUUCACCAGACAGUAUGUCCUGACCCCAUCGGCUGGACGGAGACUAAGGGUCCCUGGUGUUGUUGUCAUCAUCGCUGACAAACGUUCCAAUGACGACCUGAGCCUUGCAGCCAGCAGUCUCAAAGCUACAGGUGUGAAAGUCCUAGCUGUUGGUGUCGACCAGGCAGACACUGGGGAGCUGUAUCAGGCUGUGUCAGAUGGCAACGACAACCUCUUGUAUACAAGUUAUCCAGCGCAGCUGAACACGCUACAGUCUAAUCUAGCCGGCUUGCUCUGUGGCAUUGCCAGGGCACAAGAGACUACUCAAAGUACAGAUGAGUGUACCAUUCAGUGCCCUCGGGGUGAGAAGGGAGAACGUGGAGAAAAGGGUGAGAGAGGCAGAGAUGGUGCAGAUGGACGCAAGGGAGAGCCUGGUCGUGAUGGUUUGCCUGGGAGAGAUGGCGCCAGAGGCCCUGAAGGUCGUCCAGGAACACCAGGCCAAAGUGUCCCAAUUGACCCUUCGCUGGUGGUAAAAGGAGAAAAGGGAGAGCGAGGUUUUCCCGGUAUUGAUGGAAAUCCAGGGUUACCAGGGCGACCAGGUGCCCCCGGAAAUGCAGGUGUUCCCGGUUCACAAGGCUUACCUGGUGUCAGAGGAAACCCAGGUGAACCAGGAACACCAGGACCACUGGGGCCAAAGGGUGAUAAAGGUGAAAGGGGUGAACCAGGUUCUGUGACAUCUGGCGGUGGGGGUCUUCCAGGGAGGAAAGGAGAACCAGGCAUUCCAGGAACAGAUGGUACGCCAGGUCGGCCAGGCAGGGACGGCACCAAAGGAGAACCUGGAGUUCCAGGGACACGAGGCCAGGAUGGUCGCCCAGGAAUACCAGGAACACCAGGGCUUUCAGUCAAGGGAGACAAGGGAAGCCCAGGAGAGAGGGGACCUCCAGGUGUAGGCAGCGGGGUGGCAGUGAAAGGCGAGAAGGGCUCCCCUGGUAUUUCAGGACUUCAGGGACCUCGGGGUCUUCCAGGACCAGCAGGACUUGAGGGCAGAAAAGGGGAGAAGGGUGACAGUGGCGAAGGACAACCUGGACCUCCAGGCAAAAAUGGGGAACCUGGGGACAGGGGGCCCCGUGGGCCUCCAGGAGAAAUUGGCAGCAAGGGGGACAGAGGACAAGCAGGUGAGCCUGGAUCACAGGGAGAUAGGGGGGAGAGAGGACCAGCUGGUGAAACUGGAGAAAGAGGAGAUUCAGGGAAGCCAGGCCCUCCAGGACCAGUAGGUGUAAGAGGUUUACCAGGACCCAGUGGACCGCCAGGAGAAAAGGGAAAUGAAGGUGCACGAGGAGAGCCUGGGAGAACUGUUCAAGGUCUCUCAGGGAGGAAAGGAGAACAGGGGGAGCGAGGCAUACCUGGCCCUGAGGGUUCGAGAGGAGAAAAGGGAGAACCAGGGCAGAGAGGAGAGAAAGGGUCUCCGGGCUCUGGAGGGUCAGGUGUUGCAGGACCUAAGGGAGAGCCGGGAGAGCGAGGGCCCGCUGGUAUUAGCGGACGGCCAGGUGCCAAGGGAGAUCCAGGUGAACCGGGAGAGAGGGGAGAAAAUGGACGCCCAGGAUUCCCAGGAAAGCCAGGCGUUCCCGGUAAACAGGGGGAGAGAGGAGAGAAGGGUGAUGAAGGCAUUCCUGGUGAGUCUGGACUUCCAGGGAAGCCAGGAGAAAGAGGACUGAGGGGUCAGACUGGUCAGCCAGGGCCACCAGGCGAGAAAGGAAACAUGGGAGACCCUGGAGAGAGUGGACGAAAUGGUAGCCCUGGACUGUCUGGACCACGAGGAGAGAAGGGAGAACAGGGACUUCAAGGGCCCCCAGGACCACCAGGAGUAGUGGCUGAUAUCCAGGGCCAGCUGAAAGGAGAGAGAGGAGAAAAGGGUGAUGCUGGUGACCCAGGAGAGCAUGGCAGCAAAGGCACGAAAGGCGAGGCGGGGACUCCUGGAGCUCCAGGCCUACGAGGUCCUGAGGGACAACGGGGGCCUCCAGGGACAAGAGGCGACACAGGAGACAGAGGACCACCUGGAGAGAAGGGAGAACGGGGAGCAUCUGGCUUAGAUGGGCGUCCUGGUCUGGAUGGUAAACCAGGGGCUCCUGGGCCACCUGGCCAGAGGGGUGAUCCUGGGAAACAGGGAGAUCCAGGGAGGGAUGGAUUACCUGGACUAGUAGGGGCGCAGGGUCCCCCAGGGCCUGUUGGACCUGCAGGCAAUCCAGGGAUACCUGGUAAAGCAGGUGAAAAUGGCAAAGUUGGACCACCUGGCAAAACGGGCGAGGAUGGCGUGCCAGGUGAAGAUGGUAGAAAGGGCGACAAAGGAGAAGCUGGAGCAGCUGGAAGAGAUGGCCGUGACGGGGAGAAAGGAGACCGUGGUCCUUCUGGGCCUGUAGGCUCCCCUGGUUCCCCAGGAGCACCUGGAUUACCUGGCAGCAUUGGUCCUCCUGGUCAGGUUGUGUAUGUGAAAGGAGCUGAAGCGACACCAAUCGCAGGUCCACAGGGGCCCCCAGGAACGCCCGGCGUCCCAGGAAUCCCUGGAGCUGCAGGAACCAGAGGAGAGAGAGGUCUGCCUGGCCUUAAAGGUGAACCUGGAGACCCAGGAGAGGAUGGAGCACCUGGCAAACCUGGGACGUCAGUGGAUGUACAGAAAGCUCUGGCAGGCUUUGGUAUUCAGGUGUCUGAUCUGAAGGUGGUUGUGGACAGCAAGGACACACUUUCGCUACUUAAAGUGCUGAAGACAGAGAAAGGUGAAAAGGGAGAUAAGGGUGAGCCUGGACAGAGAGGACCAUCUGGAGCAGAUGGUGCUCGUGGUUUUCCUGGAGAGAGGGGCUCCAAAGGAGACUCAGGGGACCGAGGACCUGUGGGACCAGCGGGGCCUCCAGGAAGAGCCAUUGUCGAACGAGGGCCAGAGGGAACUCCAGGGCCUGCUGGGGAACCUGGCAAGCCAGGAAUACCAGGUCUUCCUGGACGAGCUGGGGAACUAGGAGAGGCAGGAAGACCAGGAGAUAAGGGGGAAAGAGGAGAGAAAGGUGACAGAGGAGAUUCUGGUCGGGAUGGAUUAAUAGGACCAGCUGGCCCGCCAGGUCAAAAGGGAGAAUCUGCUGACUCAGUCCUGGUUGGGUCCCCUGGGGCUAGAGGCCCUCCUGGAGUAUCUGGGUUGAAGGGGGAACCUGGUGCUACAGGACCAUCAGGACCUAAAGGAGACCGCGGUUUCGUGGGACCUCGAGGUGAUAAAGGUGAGAGAGGAGAGCCAGGAGAAAAAGGCCGUGAUGGCUCACAGGGAACACAGGGAGAGCCUGGAAAACCGGGCCAGGAUGGGAAACCGGGCUUCCCUGGGUUCCCAGGAGUUCUAGGCAGACCGGGAAACCCAGGAGAGCCAGGCAUUAGGGGGCAAACUGGUCCCAUGGGUCCCACUGGGCUGCCAGGUCCACCAGGUGUAAAGGGUAAUCAAGGAGAAGCAGGUGUUGGUGUACAGGGUCCUCCUGGUGCACAGGGGAGCACAGGUCUGCCAGGACCAGCAGGUCCCCCAGGAGCUGUGGGUCCACAGGGGCCUCCGGGACUGCCAGGGCAGGUGGGUGAAGCAGGCAAACCUGGUGUUCCUGGAAGAGAUGGGGUGCCUGGCAAGGAAGGAAUACCUGGAUUACCAGGAAAGCAGGGCAUUGCAGGACCUCCAGGCCAGGCUGGCUUGAAGGGGGAGCAGGGAGACGGCGGGCCUCCAGGGAAGGCUGUGGCUGGACCUCCUGGACCCAAAGGAGAGAGGGGUCCUCCUGGUUUAAUGCUGCCAGGCACAGCUGGAGAGAGAGGUCCAACUGGUGAAAAGGGUAACAAGGGAGACAAAGGUGUUGCUGGCAUCAAAGGAGAAAGAGGACAAGCUGGUGAAUCAGGAGAACCUGGAGAAGAUGGGGCACAGGGAUCUCCCGGGCCAAAAGGCGAUAAGGGAGAGAAAGGCAUAGGACUUGCAGGUCCUCCUGGUCGGAUUGGGCCUCCAGGUUUAAAAGGGGAUCCAGGGAUGCCUGGUCCAGCUGGUCCUCCAGGUCCUGCGGGGAAAACAGGAGACAGCGGGCCACCUGGUGUGAGAGGAGAAAAUGGACAACCAGGACCUCCUGGACCCCCGGGGGAGAGGGGUCUCCAAGGCUUUGUUGGCCGUGCAGGAAAUGUUGGUCCUCCUGGCCCUCCUGGACCUCCUGGAUUGGCAGGAUCUCCUGGUACUAACGGGGUCAAAGGAGACAAGGGGGAAACUGGUGUUGGCGUCCCCGGUGCAAGAGGAGAAAGAGGAGAUCCAGGGCCCAGAGGCGAGGAGGGUCGAGCCGGCUUGGAUGGGGAGAGAGGACCAUCUGGUCCUCCAGGGAAUCGUGGGGCUCGGGGAGAGAAGGGAGACAGCGGGCCGCAAGGUGACAAAGGAGAGAAGGGGGACACUGUGCUGGUGGGAGGACCUCCUGGAGAAAAGGGCAACAAAGGAGAAACAGGUGACAGAGGACCCAAGGGUAUACAAGGAGAAAAGGGGGUCAAAGGUCAAGAAGGUCCACCAGGAGAAGUGGGUUUGAGAGGAGAACCUGGAGAACGAGGAUCUACUGGUUUCCCAGGUGCCAGAGGACCUGGUGGGCAGAAGGGAGAAGCAGGCCAACCUGGAGUACCUGGUGAAUCGGGAUUACCGGGAAAAGAUGGACUGCCAGGGCGUAAGGGUGAACAGGGAGAGACUGGUAACGUGGGAAUAAGAGGAGUUAAGGGUGACCGAGGACCCAAGGGAAUUUGUGGAGGCGAUGGACCCAAGGGAGAAAAGGGAAAUGCUGGUAUCAAUGGAAGAUCAGGCCUACCAGGGAGAAAGGGUGAACAGGGGGACAUCGGACCUUCUGGGGCCCCGGGGAUCCCUGGAAAAGAAGGACUAGUUGGUCCCAAGGGUGACCGUGGUUUUGAUGGGAUUGCAGGACCCAAAGGAGCUCAGGGAGAGAAAGGUGAAAGGGGUUUACCUGGUGUACCUGGUCCUCCAGGUCCCAGAGGGGCAGAUGGAACCCCUGGCUUGACCGGCCCACAAGGGCCAGCUGGUACUAAGGGCCCUGAGGGGCUCCAGGGACAAAAGGGGGAGAGAGGUCCAAUUGGCCCUGCCACGGUUGGUCCGCGUGGUAUCCCAGGAAUCCCGGGGGAGCGAGGAGAGCCGGGAGACAUGGGCCCAGAUGGAGCCAAGGGAGACAGAGGAGAGGCAGGCAUGACGGAGGAAGAGAUCAGAGAGUAUGUUCGCUCAGAGAUGAGUCAGCACUGUGCGUGUGGAGGUUCAGGUCCGAACAUUCGGUACCCGCCAGUCAGGGCUCUGCCUACACCAGAGCAACAAUUGGCGCUGAAGGGUGAGGAGGGCCGUGAGCUGCACAUGGUGGUAAAUACCAAUGACCCAGACUACGAGCAUGUCUACUCUGUCGAAUCCUAUGACGACCCCUUGGAGGAGAUGCUCUACUUCACAUCUCCCUCGGUCAACCAGAGUGAUGGUGAGGUUGACAGAAAGAAAUCUGAGAAAACAGUCAGAGUUGAACCUAACAAAUCAGCAAGUGCUGACGAUCAGGCAACAGCUGAUGGUCAGGAAGCAGUCAAAGUUACACAUCUGAAAGCAGUCAAGUCCAGAACAGUCAGGUCCAAGAGGAGAGUCAAAGGGGAAGCUCCAGCAGACCUGUGCUUGCUGCCCAUGGAUGAGGGAAGCUGUGGAAAGUACACUAUGCGCUGGUACUUUAACAGACAGGCUCAAGCCUGCAGGCCCUUCAUCUACAGCGGCUGUGAAGGAAAUGACAACCGUUUCCUUCACCUGGAGGAGUGUGAAGAGACCUGUCUUGGGGAGGCUGAUGGUUCUCCUCCCUUUAAGACAGCGCGAUGAUUGUGGCCCACUCGUCCUCCGCCACAGGAUGGUAGGCUUUUGUAGAUCACUAUGAUCUCAAAUGUCAGUGGUUUUAUUUUUGUUUAUUUAUUGUUGUUUUGUUUUUUUAACUCAACCAAACUUUACCCUGCUAAAAAGGGAGACCGCAAUGCCUCAUAGGUCUGUUUUUUCUUUUGCUUGUUUACCUGACUUUAACACAUCUCAGUUUAACUAUUCCACCAUACCACAGUAUUGAGUGCAGUUCGUGUGGCACACUGCUACAGUAUUGAUACUAAACUGCCAAACUCAUCGUACAGUGGAAUAACAUCUUGCUGCUUAGGAAGAUUACCAAUUUGGUGAAGCUCAGUAUGUUUCAGUAACUUGCUGGUUGUUUGAUGGAGGCUGUUGUUUGCAGGUUGCGAUCAUUAUUCAUCAUUUGCAAGAUGCCUGCAGUUUCACUUAUUACCUGAAAGAAAUUGCUAAAUAUUUCACACUAAGUUACUUUUUUUGUUUGUUUUGUUUUUUGUUCUGAUUUUGAAAUUUAACUCCAGAAAAACAAACUGCAAUCCUUUACAAGCUCUGUUCAUAGAAACACAAAAGGACCAAAAAUAGAGGAUUGUAAACAGUAAACAGAUUGGCAAACACUGUGCCUCUCUCUCGCUCUAAUACAAUGCUAAAAAAGCACAGUUCAUUUCAAACUUAGAGAAAAUACACAGGAAUAAAUGACGUUAUUUCAGCGAAACAAAAACAAGGGGAAAAAAACAAUAUGUAAUUUUUCUUUGCAACGCUGAAUGACUUAGUUUUAGACGACAGGACAAACAGCAUCUGUUAUGAACUUCACUCAAAUGGUAACUACACAAUGCUGUGUAAUAAGGUGCAGGUGUAGUUGUACACUAUUUCCAUCUAUGUACACACUGUUUAACUGGCUCUGUGCUAUUUAGCAAAGAAGAAAAAGUAGACACCGGUGUAGGUUCUGGAAACAAAGGCGUUACCUGCACAAAGUAACAAUAUUCCCCCUUGAGCAACUUUCAACUUUGUAAGAAAUUGUGAAUUUUUGUGAAUUGAUUUAAAACACUAAAACCAUGAACAGGUUUUAGUUAAAAAAAACUAAACUGCCUUUAAACCUUUAAAGCCUAAACUGUGAAAUUAUUCCCCCAAAAAUCAAAGUUUUUUGAAAAUCCAUCCAUCCAUUCUCUUCUGCUUAUCUUUGUCAGGGUCGCGAGGGGGCCGGAGCCUAUCCCAGCUAUCAUAGGGCGAGAGAGGCAGGUUACACCCUGGACAGCUCCCCAGUCUGUUGCAGGGCCAUUCACACCUGUGGGCAAUUUAGAGUUAGCAGUUAAAAUAACCCCAAAAAUGGAAUGACAAAAAUCAAAAAUAAAUACUGAAAAUAUUGAUUUGCAUAUAUGAGUUUUAACUUAACUCAUAUUUGUCAAGUUUUUGGGAGAAAAAAAUCACAGUGAUGACGCAGAAGACUGAAAAACCCAUGAAUCAAACUUGGCUUUAAAGGAUUAAAGGAUAAUGGCGUCAUAUGUUACAUGUUAACAGCACAGAGUAUUUAGGUUAAAUAACGUGAUGUAAACACAUACACCCUGAAAAAAGAAAAAGAAAACAAAGAAAUAACAUGAAAUGUAUACAACUAGCCUCAGCCUUCACACCAGGCUUUCAGAAACAGUGAUUUCCUGUCUUCACCUGCGACACAUCUUAAGAGCUGAUCCAAACUUUACUUCUUCAGUUUUCUAAUGUUAUCCAUGCAAACGUUAAAUAAAACUCCAGCCCGCAGAUUCCUCAAAUAACUCCUCGCACUUCUCUCCAUAAAAAUAACUAUGCAAGCACAAAUAUAUUUGACUAUUAUUACGAAUAUAGUUUUAUUGUAUCUGUUAAAUAUGAAGAAUCAAGCACAAUAUUCUGCCAAUAUUUUGUACAUACUGUUUUUAUCAUUAUUUGUGGGGAGCUGCGUUACUGUUAAUGCCUGCUUGUUUACUUACCAGAGAAAAGGUGCUAUUUUUAAAUGUAUUUUUAUAGUUUGUUGAAGGUGUCUUUGUGCGGUGCAGACAUUUCUGUUUGUCAUGGAACAUUUUAAUAAACAUUUCUAAUAAACCAAAUGUCUGAG